GUCCUUUUUUAUUGCUAUGUUUAUUUUUCCAGAGCAGUCACACUUUAAACAGUUUAGCUAAAUAUAUCGUAUCGACGUUUUACUUUUGAAUGGUUCUUCAUCUGCAAAAUGUAGAGAAAAAGGGAAAACUAUGUGACGAAGCACAUUGAAGCUGUUUGUGUUACUUUGUGACUAUUCGUGUAGUCUGGGCCGAGUUCGAAAUUGCAUACUACCAGAGACAACUUACCAGAGACGGGCCACUUCAAUUCAAAUGAAUGGGAGAAAUCGGAACGCCCAACCAAGGAGCUCUAGCGCACAACGGUCAACGGAGGUAGAAUACAAGUCCCGCCGUACAGGUAAAAGAGCCAAUCACCUUUUAGAGACAGACAUCAGCUGUCAAUCAACUCGAGAACGCGCAUGCACAUUAGCUUUCCAAACCGGGAAAAUGAAAAGAUGAAAUAUGAGAAAAUCUCAUUGAAGAUAGAAAGCCAUAUGGGAUCGGGACAACAUGAUUAGCCCGUGCCAUUAAUUCUGUGCCCCAAAGGGACUGUAAAGAGGAAACAAAGUCAGUGUGCUGCUGACUCCUUGGCAAUGACUCAGAGGGGCCAUGGAAUCAUACUGUAAAUAUGAGACAGAGAACACAUUCAUUUUUGAAGCUAGCAAAUUUAAGAAAUACCUAAAUACUAAUUUCUUUUAUAAGACCUCAGUGUGUAAUAAUGUGUCUGUGUAAAUAAGUUUGCAUAUACUUUACUUAUUAUUCACAGAAUUAAUGAAGCAAUAUAAUAUAUGAAUAUGUUAUAUGCUUAAAUAACUCUCUAUAAGUGACAUUUUACAGAAUUGUUCAUCAUAAAUUUGAGUUAUUAUACUGCGGGUGAAACAAGGUUACCGAUCUUUAUGCUUGCAUGGCAAAGAAAGACUGCAAAGGGCAAUCUGCAUCUCUGUCAUGAUUGCUUAAUGUCUGGAUCUUUGCUCAGCUGCAGGUUUUCUGUUCUUCCAGCAUGAUUAUCUCACUCUUCUCAUGUUCUUCCUCUUCUUCCCCUUUAGUCAACAGGCAAUGAUUUGUUAGAAUAGAAGAAUCUGUUCAUUUAUUUGUAAAAACAGUUGCCCACUUAAAGUUUAACAUGUGACAGGCCUGUCAACUGGUGAGAAAACAAAAUGUUCUUGUAAUAUGUGCAUUUAGGGUGUUUGAUUCAGAGACAUCAUUCACAUUCAUAUUAAUAUAUUUAUUAUUAUAUAAAAUCUUCAAGCCACCUUUCUAAUUCAUGCCAGUCUUUUAUCAUUCUGUACUCCAUGACAUUCAUGUUAGGAACUGACAGUGUUAGGAACUUACAGUAGGUUAUCGUAAACCACCACCACAGAGCACCCAUGACAUGAGAUAUGUCAUUAUGAAGUGUCACUCUAUCCUCAUGGGCUCUCACUGUAGCCCUCCACCUGACACCCACCUGAGCCCCCCCUCCUCUGUCCGCGCACUGCGCAUGCGUAGCUCUCUCUCACGCAGCUCUACUGUCAUGGUUGAGACGGAGCGGAGUUGGAGCUGAUUCGUGAAGAGAUGGCGCUGUAAAGAGGGUUACCGUUCAAACUUUACUCCAACAGUUCCCACCGGGACCAAAAAGACUGUCUUGUCUUUGGAGGGACCACUGGAAUCCGAUGUCGGACUUGCCUUGCUUUAUAUAUUGUAGUUUUUGUGCGUCUUGUUCUUGUCGGUUUGUCUACCUGCGCGGAAUCUCUUUCAGCACCGCAGCUUCCUGUUUGAGAAACACUCACAAAACCUUAAAUGACAUUAUUGUUUUAUUUUCUCCCCUUUAUAAGACCGGUGAUGCUUGACAAGCAUAUUGCUUCUCAUCUGGGCUUAGCGUAGCGUGGUUUUGUUUUUCUCUUGUCAAGUUUUUAGCUGUUCUGUCUCUCUGUGGUAGAAUAAUUCCUCAGUCAGGUGGACUGAAAUCGACCGACACUACCCACCAACUGCGCGAGAAACUAAACGGAUAAACUCAAUGUGAAUGGAGACCAGGAACUGUUCUGCACAGCUGUUAACUUAACUCGAGGAGAGCGGUUUUAUUCCUUAUAUUUUCCCAAAAGUUUAACCCGGUUUGUACGGCGGUAGGGUUAAACAGGUGUCCCACCUGUUGCCCUUGCACCAGACUGAGUCAUGGCGAACGCAGGUGACAGCACUGUCAGUAUCCCCAUCAGAGGAAUCCGCAUGAAGUUCGCGGUGCUGGCGGGACUGCUAGAGGCUGGAGAAGUCUCUAAUCAGGACAUAGUGGAGACGAUCUUCAAUCUGCCCCCCUAUGCUGUAAAGCUGUUGUCUGUAUUGAGGUCCAUGGCUCAAAGAAAUGGCCCAGAUUCCUUCUUCAGCUUCCCAGGGAAGAGUUCUGCGGCCAUUGCUCUUCCACCCAUUGCAAAGUGGCCUUACCAGAACGGCUUCACCUUCCACACCUGGCUGCGCCUGGACCCCAUCAAUAACAUCAAUGUUGACAAGGACAAGCCUUAUCUCUACUGCUUCCGGACCAACAAAAGCUUGGGUUACUCAGCACACUUUGUGGGUGGUUGCCUAAUUGUGACUGCUCUAAAAUCCAAAGCCAAAGGCUUCCAGCAUUGUGUGAAAAAUACGACUUUAAACCCCAGAAGUGGUAUAUGGUGACCAUAGUGCACAUAUAUAAUCGCUGGAAGAAAAGUGAAAUUAGCUGCUAUGUCAA